GUAUUAAUUUGGAUUAAUCAAGAUGGUUGUUUUGCUUGCAGCAGUCCUUACAAAGCCGGGAAAGGUGUUGAUAUCACGACAAUAUGUAAACAUGAAUCGCACUCGUGUAGAAGGAAUCCUUGCAGUUUUUCCGAAAUUGCUGAGUGAAUCGAAUAUGCAGCAUACCUUUGUGGAAGCAAAUAACUUACGAUAUGUGUAUCAGCCGAUCGAAAAUCUGGUGGUAUUAGUAGUGACAACGCGGAAUAGCAAUAUCAUAGAAGAUUUGGAAACGUUGCACUUGGUGGCGAAGGUGAUUCCCGAGUACGCUGGUUCGAUCAAAGAGGAGGCGAUCGUGGAUCAUGCUUUUGACAUAAUAUUCGCCCUGGACGAGCUGAUAACGUAUGGUGGAAUGAACGAGCCGAUUCCUCUGCAGCAGGUGCGUGUGAACUUGGCGAUGGAGAGCCACGAAGAAAAGCUGUUGGCGAUGGUUCAGGAGAGCAAGAUGAACCAGGCCCGCGAGAUCAUGAAGCAGAAGGAGCGCGAGCUGCAGUCGCACCAGCCGGCGCCUUCGGGUCUGUCCUUCUUCACCUCUCUGUUUUCCUCGGCGGUUUCGAACGUUGCGAAUACGGUGCGCGCGGUGGAUUCGGCGGCGGCGCGCUCCUCGGCGGCGUCCUCGUCGGCGUCUGCGUCUGCGUCUGCGUCGGUGCCCGCUUCGGAGCCUCGUUCUGCAGGGGAGCUGAGCGCGAGUCUGGGCCGCGGGAUGAAGCUGGGCGGCGGGAAGAAGGAGAGUCUGCAGGGGCUGAUGGCCGAGGACCACCUCGUCGCCCCCGCGCGCCGCGCCGCGUCGGGGCAGGCCAGCGGGGCGAAUGGAGGAACCGCGGGGAAGGCGGAGGGCGCGGUGCACGUGGGCGUGGAGGAGGAACUGUCGGUGAAACUGUCGCGCGACGGGCUGAUCGAGAGCGUGGACGUGAAGGGCACGCUGUCGGUGCGCGUGCACGACGCGGGCGCGGCGAAGGUGCGGAUCCAGCUGGGCGCGCUGAGCGCGGAGGGCUUCCAGUGCCAGCUCCACCCCACCAUCGCGCGCUCUUUCUUCGCCGACCACGUGCUCCAGCUCAAGCAGCCCGACCGCGGAUUCCCCGUCGACUCCACCGUCUCGCUCCUCCGCUGGCGCCAACCCGCGGGGGGCGACGCGCUUCUGCCCAUCAACGUCACCUGCUGGCCCGAGAGCGAGGACGCCGGCUGCGACGUCAACGUCGAGUACACGCUCAACCCCGCCGUUCUCAAGCGCGUCGAGAACCUGCGCAUCUGCAUCCCGCUGCCGAGCGGCGCCUCGCCCGAAGUCCUGGCCAUCGACGGCAAUUACCAUUACUAUCCGAAGGAAAGCUUCCUGGAGUGGGAGGUGGACGAGGUGAGCGAGGAAAACGCGAACGGCGUGCUGGAGUUCAAGGUCAAGAGCGGACAGCCCGACGACUUCUUCCCCGCCUCCGUGGAGUUCGACUCCCAGCAGACCUUCCUGGAGGUGAAUGUGGUGGAUGUCCAACAAGUGGCGGAUGGAGCUCCCGUAAAGUUCUCACAAAGCAGUUCGAUGAGAGUAUCGAACUAUUCGAUUGCUUAGUGGACCGUGUAGUGUGUGCGUU